CACACCCCCUACAGUGCGAGCAGGGGUGUUGCUUGCUAGGGACAUAGUUUCAAUGUCUGUUGCUCCAUAAAAAGAACAUAGAGCAUGUCUUAUAAUACUCUAUACGUGAAGGGUUGCAUAGCAUAGGUCUCUGUACGGGCGCUUGUACAUACUGAUCUUCGGCAUUUGGCUUUGGUCAACGGCAUGAAGAUAGAUGCCCUCCACAUAUUUCAAGUUGAACAAAGGGAUGAACCUCUCGCGGCUUUCAUUUAAGUGUCCUCUCUAUGGCUAUCUCUGGAGUUAUUCCCUUACGGACCUCUUGGCUCGUAGGCUUUGUAAUUGGGAACUCUACAUUCAAAUGCCGGUUCCCACUAUCCGAUGAUGGCAUCUUAAACUUCAAUGACGAAGAUUCCAGCGUAUUGUUGAUCGUGUUUCAACCAAUUGUCAGCAUCCAUCCGCACGUUCUCCCCAGACCGAGACCGGAUCCCCAUGUGUCGUCCGCGUGUGGAAACGGAUGCAUGUCUCUAUACGACUCUGUAGCAUGGGCAUGCACCCCACGCCGGCGAGAGCCGGCCAAGGAUGGAGGUUGGGAGUAAGUUAGACAUUUCCUUGUCGUUUCCUUGUCGUUUCUUAUCUUUCUGUCAUUCCUCUGGGCGGAUGGUAGGGCUUGGCAAACGAUGCAUCGUCAAUUUUGUUGGUAAACAUAGCCCGAAAAUCACCAUCGACGGCAGUCCCGAGGCUGCGCCGGGGGGGGGCACGUUGAUCACCUCAUAUGCCAGGAGUAUUGUACGUGCCUGUAUGUCCACCUCGUUAUACUAGACGUGUAUGAAAAUAUAUAAACCCUUGCCUCGUCCUUCAUGGAGGGGCAACACGGCCGAGAACUGUGGUCGCAAACGCAAAAGCCCCAGAUAGAUCCUCAUCCCAACAACCAUGGGUUCAGCUUCAAUCGCAAGCAGACGCGGGGAUGACUCCGACAGAACAUCGGUGUCAUCCGAGGGAAAGCAGGGCGUGAUUCCUGGCAACCUCCUGGACGGCGCCCAGAUAGUCACCAAGAGUGGCAAUCUCGUCACCAAGGAUGGGGUCGUGGUCUCGACGCAAGAAUCAGACUCUAGCUUGUCGACCAACGUAUUCGCCGACCCAGAGAUCAGGGACUUCUACGUGAAGAUGUACGAAAAGGCAAAAUAUGAGUGUCGCCACGUUUUUGAUGCAGACCUCACAUGGUCCGCCGAAGAAGAGAAGAAACUUAUACGGAAGGUUGACUGGCGAAUCUGCUUAUGGGCUUGCAUUAUGUUCUUCUCCCUGCAACUUGAUAGGGGUAACAUGGUACAAGCUGUCUCGGGGACACUCUUAAAGGACCUGCACCUCAACACUAAUGAUUACAACCAUGGAAACACGAUCUUCACCGCAUCUUUCCUAGUCGCCGAGCUGCCGUCUCAACUCGUAUCGAAGAAAAUCGGCCCCGACAGAUGGAUUCCGAUGCAGAUCUGCCUCUGGUCGAUCGUCGCCAUGAGCCAGGCCGCUAUGACAAGCCGAUCCGGAUUUUUCGCAACGCGCGCACUAUUGGGUAUCCUCGAGGGCGGUUUCAUCCCCGAUCUCAUCCUCUUCCUGAGCUACUUCUACACCUCCAAAGAGCUGCCUAUCCGCCUAAGUUUCUUCUGGACCGCGCUCAGCGUAACUGGCAUCAUCAGCUCUCUCCUGGCUUUCGGGAUUUUCCAUCUCGAGGGCGCACACGGUGUGGCGGGAUGGAAAUGGCUGUUCUUACUGGAAGGGCUGAUCACUUUCGUAAUUGGAGUCGCUUCGUUCUUCAUGAUGCCUGCUUCGGCUGUCCAGACGAAGACUUGGUUCAGGCCUAAAGGCUGGUUUACUGACCGCGAGGAGGCUAUCCUGGUUAACCGCAUUCUGCGCGAUGACCCCUCCAAGGGAUCCAUGAUGAAUCGCAAGGCCAUUACACCCCGUCGCCUCUGGCGCGGACUCACAGACUACGAUCUGUGGCCGAUCUACGCCCUCGGAAUAAUCAUAUACAUCCCUCAAAACCCGCCCGCCCUCUACCUAACCCUCACCCUCCGCUCCAUCGGCUUCAGCACCUUCAACGCCAAUCUCCUCACCAUCCCGCACACCGUGGUCCACAUCUUCACCCUCCUCAGCAUAACCUGGCUUGCCGGGAAAUUCAACCAGCGCGCCCUCGUCGCCGUCUUCCAGCUUAUCUGGACCCUUCCCGUCUUGAUCUUUCUCGCCGUCUGGCCCGGGCUUAUCAGUAACCAAUGGGGCACCUACGCCGCUACCGCCGUGCUGCUGUCGUACCCGUACUGUCACGCUAUCGUGGGAGGCUGGGUGAGCUCGAACUCCAACGAUGUCGGCGCGCGCUCGAUAUCAGCGUCGCUGUACAAUAUGUCUGUGCAGCUCGGUGGAAUCUGCGCGACCUUCGUGUAUCGGGAGGAUGAUAAACCGUACUACCGCCGGGGCAACAGGACGUUGAUCGGUAUUAAUGUGUUGGGGAUUGGGCUGUUCUUGUUUGCGAAGGCGUAUUAUGUGUGGAAGAAUAAGAUUAGGGAUAAGAAGUGGAAUGCGAUGACGAAGGAGGAGCAGAAUGAUUAUAUUGCUAAUAGUAAGGAUCGUGGGUCGAGGAGGUUGGAUUUUAGAUUUCUGCAUUGAGGUGUUGGAGCGGGGAGGGGGGGGGAGAUGG